CCUUCGUCAAGCGUGACUAUUUUCAGCUGUUGGGGGCGCCCUACAUCUCCAGCUGGCGUGAAAAAGACUGUCCGUUAUUCAAGACACUGUCGUCCUGUCACUCAAUCAAGAGUACAUUGCCAAAGGAGACGAUACUCUUAACCUUCGACCUGGUGAUGAAGUUGCUGUAAUUCCACCAAUCAGUGGAGGCUAACAUCAAACAAUCUGUAUAAAAUGGAAGGCAAAGAUUUUAUCAAAGUUACUCACAACCCAUUGAGUGUUGAAGAUAUAACAAAGAUGGUUACAUCACCAACAUCUGGUGCCAUAUCUUUAUUCAUAGGAACAACUAGAAACAAUUUUGAUGGCAAGGAGGUUGUCUGUUUGGAGUAUGAGGCUUAUAUUCCAAUGGCAGAGAAGCAAAUCCAAAUCAUCUGUCGGGAUGUUAGGACAAAAUGGAAUGUGGAAAAUAUUGCAGUAUUUCAUAGACUUGGGGUUGUUUCUGUAACAGAGUCUAGUGUAAUCAUAGCAGUAUCUGCACCACAUCGUCAUCCGUCAUUAGAAUCAGUACAGUAUUGCAUCGAUACACUGAAAACUACAGUUCCUAUAUGGAAGAAGGAAAUGUUUGCAGACGGAGAAGGAACUUGGAAGGAAAACAAAGAGUGUCAAUGGAGGAAGACGUGAUGAAAAACAUAGGACUUCCCGUAGAAUAUGCCAAUUUGCUAAAUCUUUAUCAAUGAUUAUUAAUUGCCCAUGAGAGGCUUACUACUACUUCUACUAAUAAUAAUAAUAAUGCAUUUAUAAUGCGCCAUCUAUCUAGUGUACAAGACCCUAUUCCGAGGCGC